AGGUUGUCCUAUCCUUGAUAUAGUACAUUAGAAAGCAAGGUGCACUCCUACCUGCACAAGCCCAACUCUGUGCUAGACUGGGCCAAAUUCAACAUACCUCGUAUUGGAGUGUAAAGUCAUGGAUACUGUAUUGAGCUCUUCUUUUUUGUCAAAUAAAGAGUAUUGAGAUUGUGGACCAAUAAAUAAAUAAAGAAAAUGGGGCUUUCAUUGUGGAAAAGUAAGCUAACACAGUUUCAUGUCAUCAAGCCCAAAGGUUUUUUUCUUGGACUCUGUAAUUGAUGGGUUGACUCUUCAUAUACCAUUUUUUAUGUUUUUCUACGUACGAAAAAAGUGCUUCGAUGUAUUUUUUCAGUUGCUCUUUUAUUCUAUAGGCAGCUUUUGUCUACUGUGGACUGAGUAUUGGGAUUUGGGCCUCUGUUUGUUAGUCUUAAUUGGACAGAAUUCUAAUUGUUUAGGCUCCACAUUUUCAGAACUUAAUAAAAAAGAACCCGGCUCGACCCAAAAAAAGAAAAGAAGAGAACUAGCAUGUUCCACGACUAAAGAUAAGAAAAAAUAAAAGCAUAGUUAGGGUAGCAAGAAAAACUAAGCAUCGAUCCAUAACCAAAUGCAAAAAAGAAGAAAAGAAAAAAAAAGGAUCGGAAUAUUUUGUGUUUUGUGCAAUAUUGGGUCGGGUUUAUUCAUUUAGAAUAAAUGGAUUGCUCUUAAAUGUGAUUACUUUCUUGUUUGUUUGUUUUUCCAUUAAAAAGUGCAAGCAGGUGUGGUGUAGGAGAGAAAUAAUUGGCCUAUAUUAGAAAAUCAAACCUUUAACAUCAUCGUCCCACUCAAUUUUAAACCGAUAGUAGAUGAAUUACAAAUUGGUUGACAGAUGAUGCCAUUAUCUAAUUUCCAUCUACAUGUAAAUGCAUUAUUGGGAUUCAUUUUUACUAAUUUGUCUGUUGUCUCUUUUUUUAAGGAAACACCUGUUAGUACGAAAACAAAUUAUAUUAAUAUAUACCAAAAACAAUUACCAGUAUUUUGUUAAAUUUUUUAAAAACUUUUGACCUCACCUGCGUAUGGUCAUGCAACCGAAUCUAAUGUGACAUAAAAAUCGUCAAUUGUCGUAUGAUAGAAUUCGUAUUAAAUAGAAAAAGUCUAAUUUUUUUAAUCCGAAGAAUUUGGACAGAGGAUAACACAGACAGAGACACAAAAUCUAUGAUUAUCUAUGAUGGACCUAUAUUUAAGAGAUACAGUUGACUGGUUAAAACUAAACAUCAUAACCUAAUGUUGGGAUGCAUCCUGAGUCUUUCAUUUUCAACCAAAAACGUUUACCCCUUUCUCUCUCAAUCGCACAUUGUCUCCUCUCAUGCAUAGUGCAUACACCAAUUCCACUUUGCCGCCCCCAUGCAAACCACACCUUGCCCUUCAUCUCUAGUAACACCCUACAUUUCUACACCACUUCUUCUUCUUCUUUCUUUCCACUCUUCCGCUCCUCAUACUCUCAUGGAGGAGCGGAUCUCAUCGCUGCCAACACCACCCCCACAACCUCCUUCUCAAGAUUACACCGACAAGAGUCUUAGUACCGAAUUACAAUUAUCCAACAUCAAUCCCGGCACCUACAUUGUCCAGGUCCCCAAGGACCAAAUCUACCGUGUUCCACCCCCAGAAAAUGCUCGUAUCGUCGAGCAAUAUCGCAAUAGUCCUUCUAAGGGGAAAAAGAAGACACCUUGUUGGUGUUUCGUGUUCAUCAUUAUUGUGUUGAUUGCCAUUGCCACCGUUAUAGUAAGCCUUCUAGGUGGGCUUUUUUCCGUAGUACUUAAACCGAAGGACCCUAAGUUUUCCAUCCAAGACUUGAAUGUUUUGAAUAGCACAUCCCACCCCAAAUACAACGUCACUUUACAAGUCCACAAUCCAAAUUCAAAAGUGGCCAUUUCGUAUAAAGAAGGAGGAGAUGUUUCCCUAUCCUUGAGGCGACAACAGAUUGCUUUGGGAUCCUACCCAACUUUCUAUCAAACCCCUCAAAAUUCAACAGCGUUUGGCGUUACUUUAAAAGGCUCAAAAGUCGGUUUCCCUAAGGAGGUGGAGGAAAGCAUGACAAACGAUAAAAACAAAGUGCAUGUCACUUUCUCUUUAACUAUUCACGUCCCUGCACGAAUGAAAAUGGGGCUGUUGCAUAGUGGGAUAGUGAAAUUUGACGUUAUGUGCCAAGUGACGUUGGAUACAUUGGCCAAAACCUCUCAUAUACUUUCUCAGCAUUGCCAAACUAAACGACACUAAUUCUUUCAGCUUAAUAGCUCGUCGUCUUGACUUGAGACGUAGGUAUUGUGAAUUUUGAACGUUUUCUUCUUUCAUAAUGUUUUGAUUCUAGCCGAACAAGCAUGUUUGAGUGAUAUUAAAAUGUUUGUAAAUAUACUAUUUCUCCGGCAAAUAUUAGCUGCUUAUAAUUUCUCACGUGUAUUUUUUUUUAAUGUUUCGAUCAAAUUAGCUGUUGAUAACUUAUGGAGAGAUAUUAUUUACUAUGGAUGAGUUAUCCAUUUAACAUAUCUUGUCUUACAAGUAUAAAGCAAGUGACUCAUAUACUAACCCGUAGAUAUUUUACGUAGUAUUUUAUAACUGAUAUAGUCAAAUCAAUUGGCUAAUUAAUGUAUAACAAUUUUUGUGAAAAGAAGAAAAAUAUCACACAAUCAACGGUGGAAC